CCUGAGGCGGCGCCUCCCGAGCCCGCAAGUCCCCGGGCUGUGUCCGUCGCUCGACGUCUCAGCUCCGGCGCUGCCCGCUCUCUCCGUUCGGCCCCGGCCCCAGGUGCCGGCCUCCGACCCCGGCGGGAAAUUGGCACUUGCUGUUUAAUGCUGUUGAGGUUUCUAAAGCAGCUUUGCAGCUUUCUGCUUUUAGACUCUGCUACCCAGGAUCUUCCUAAUGUAAGGGCAGAGUAAACUUGUGGCACAGCAGUAGAGUGACUGGACUAGGAAGGAAGCUGGUAGAGCCCAGAGAGAUCAUGAAUCAGGCGGAUAAAAACCAAGAAAUCCCCUCUUAUCUUAGUGAUGAGCCACCGGAAGGUUCAAUGAAAGAUCACCCACAGCAACAACCAGGCAUGUUAUCCCGUGUGACUGGGGGUAUCUUCAGUGUUACAAAGGGAGCUGUUGGUGCCACCAUUGGUGGUGUAGCGUGGAUUGGUGGAAAGAGUUUGGAGGUGACCAAAACAGCUGUUACAACUGUGCCUUCCAUGGGAUUAGGGCUGGUGAAAGGGGGCGUGUCUGCUGUGGCUGGAGGUGUUACAGCUGUUGGGUCUGCUGUUGUGAACAAAGUGCCCUUAACAGGAAAGAAGAAAGACAAGUCUGACUAACAUACGGAGAUACACCAGUUCUCCACAGCAUUAUGAUGCCAGUGGCAUUGAAUUGCUAAGUUAUGGACUAUAAACCAAGUCAUCUGUUUUGGACUUAUCUUCUAAACUGCUGUGUUGAAAGUAUUGAUGACUGGCUUUUGCCUAAAAAGAAGAGACCAAUACUAGCACAGUGUAGGAAGGUUUCUCAUACUUAAAUUCCAGCUUUUUAUCUGGUUAAAUGUUACACUUACUUCGUUGUAACUGAAGAUAUGGUAUAUUUGACUAUUUACUAUAAGUCUUUCAGUUUAAAAAUGUGAAAGUUGAAUUUAGUGGAUGAUCCUUACAGUUCCAUAUAUAUAAUGUGCCAGGUAACUCAUCUGCCCCUUCAGAAGGGAACCUUGAACUACAUAAACUGUACCUUUAAUGUGCCUAAUAGUUUCAGAUGUUUUAGAUUUUUUAUAACCAUAGUUAAUUAGGCCAAGAGGCAUUCUUUUCCUAUUUAAGCUGGUAAAAGUAGCAGGAAUUAGGGAAGUUUAAAAGAAAAAAUAGUUAUGAUACUGAUUGAUAACCACCUUUUGCUAGAUAUAUGCAUUAUAUUAAUUUAAUCAUUGAUGCCUUAUAAAAGAAAACAUCUUUUCUAAUACCCUCAAUUAGAAAACAUCUUUUCUAAUACCUGCAGUUCUUCAACUUAGAGAUGGAUGCUUUUAAAAGUUUAGUUUUCCCUUUAAGAAUCUCAGGAGAAGUGUGGUAAAAGCAAUUCUUGCUCUCAGUGGAUAAGAUGUGCUUGUUAACUGUCAGUGGUUAUAAUGAAAUCAUAUACUUCAACCUGGGUUCAUGCUUCAUUGUUAUUACACCUCACAGUGCCUAAGGAACAAUUCUUGCUGGUCAGAAGCUAUUCAGGAAGAUUAUUCAGAUUGAGGAGGUACAAAUAAAGUUCUUAAGAGUUAUAUAAAACAUCCAAAAUAUAAAAAGAAUCCCUCAGACAUUUUAUCUCGAGGAUGGCUUAAAUUAUUAGCAAUACCCCUUUUUAAACACACAGUAUAAAGCCACCACAGAUGUGAAAUUUGACAUAAAUUGAGUGAAAUAGGCCCCAUAGGUCAGUUUGGAAUGCCACAGAUACAUAAGUACUUUCAAUGGCUUAUAUAGACAUUUAAACUGUUACAAGUCCUAGACCUUGUACCAUUUUCUGAGUCAUCUUCAGAUAGGGAAUUAAAAUUUUUGAUUAUGGAUGAUAAUUGUGUCAUGUCUUAACAUGUCUCAUUCAUUCUCAAAAAACGUGACUUAGCUGGAAUUCAUUUUUUUUUGUUUCAUGUUUAAUUUCAUAAAAGUCUAAAAUGUAGCACAUAUAUCUGGCAUUUUUCUCAACUAAGAGUUACAACCUACGUCUGAAGAAUUUCAGUAUCUUUAUACUUAUGUCUGAAAAUUUGCCUCCAUUGUGCAAAUAUUUUUUUGGAUAGGAAGGGGAGGGGAUAGAGGGUGAUGUUCUGGAUGAGCAAAUAAGAACAAUCCUGAGAACUUAAGACAAAUCCAACACCUGAGGCUGAAAUGUUUGUGAAACACUAGGAGUUUUACAUUAAUUAUGUGGAUCAACAAGUGGAUAAGAAUAUAACUUAACUUUUAAAAGCUUUCAUAAAUACCAGCAGGGAUUUUAAAUCUACAGAGAUUCUUAAACCUUUCUACUGUAUACAAACUGUAAAGUGAAGACAUUUCUUCAUCAGGUAUAAAAUGGUAUGUAUGCCGUGCAGUAUGAUUUAAAGUGUAUUUGUUGAAGUACUUGGUCAAAGGCCAUUAGCAAAAGGGAUUAAAAAAAAACUCCAAAAUGAAUGAACACUAAAUGACAUCUAAAUAAUGAUACUGGAGAACUUGUUUCCUGCUAUCCGAAAGACAAUGUUGCUUCCUGGCUAGUUUAUAUUCCUGACUUAUCUUCUAGUCAUAGGCUCUGCUGUGCUUUAUAUCUAAAUUUCUAAAUAUAGACUUUACCUUACACUUGCAUAUUUAUUUUCAACUUUGCUUGUCUUUAAAUUGCUUGAGGAAAAAGGUUGUAUUGAAUUUCUGCUACAGAAAAGUCACCUGGUACAUUUUAUCAAGUUUGUUUCAAAUUCUCUUUUCCCAGGAGAGGCUUGCUAUGAUAGAGCACUGUACAGAUAGUUUUAGCAGUUCUUGUUGAAAUGAACUUGCCAUUUGAUGAUACACAGUUGUACACUUGUCUUUUGCAGUUUAUUUUCGUAGACUAGCAAUUUGACCUGUUAAACGGAACUAGUUCACGUCAAGAAACUGGGGUUGCUGUACACCCAGAGAUGUCUGUUAUUUGGCUUUUUCUUGAGUGGGUAUUUGGCACAGAAAGGAUAAACCUGUACAACCCACUUGACUGAUCUAAUAAAUGUUGACAUUAUGAAUUCUGUACUCAGUGAAAUGCCAGAUGAAAAUAACUGAUGACUAAAUAAAUUUUUGUAUUAAAGGAAUGGAAAAGAAUGUAUGCAUCUGUUAAUAAAGCACUAUGAUUUGCAAAAGAUGAAGUGUUUCAUAAAGGAAUAAG